AACACGUGGAUCGCGCGUGUAUCUAUCUAUAGAAAUCGCUGGGCUUGAGAUCUGAAUUACAUCUAUCACCAAGUCUGCGAUUAGCCCCGUCUCUGCAUCAGAGGGAAGAACUCCCGAGUUAGGGUUUCCUUUCCAGUUUCACAGGCGGAAUCGACUAUGUCGGCAAGGAAGAUCACGCUGAGGAGCUCCGAUGGCGAGACCUUCGAGGUCGACGAGAUCGUGGCUCUCGAGUCUCAGACGAUCAAGCACAUGAUCGAGGACGACUGUGCCGACAACGGUAUUCCCCUGCCCAAUGUCACCAGCAAGAUCUUGGCCAAGGUGAUCGAAUAUUGCAAGAAGCACGUCGAGACUCCGAAAACUGACGAUCGAAAUGCCGACGACGAGCUCAAGUCCUGGGACAUCGAUUUCGUCAAGGUUGACCAGGCGACUCUCUUCGAUCUCAUUCUGGCUGCGAAUUAUUUGAACAUCAAAAGCCUGCUAGAUCUUACAUGCCAGACGGUUGCUGACAUGAUAAAGGGAAAGACCCCAGAGGAAAUUCGGAAGUCAUUCAACAUCAAGAAUGACUUCACCCCGGAGGAGGAGGAAGAGGUUCGUCGCGAGAACCAGUGGGCAUUUGAGUGAGAAACUGAGAGGAUGGUUUAUUUGAGAAGUAAAAAAGAAAAAUGACUCUGGACACAAAAUGAAUGUUGGACACUGGACAUGAUGUUUAUAUGUUAAAUUGAAUGUUAGCCUUUAUACCCA